GGGUGCUGUAGUACGCGGAAGCAGCGGGCGAGGGUGAGGGGCGGGGCGUCGUUUGGUCGCGACGUUCAGUCGGGCGCCGGCCUCGUGCAGCGCCGGUCGCCGCCACAUACGCGGCAUGCGGCCCGCGCUCGCCGCGAUCGCGGCUUGCUGCGUGGUAGUACACGCCGAGCCGUCUGCGCGCCUCGCUCCGCGCAACAUUACUCCCCACCAUGUCCUCUCAUGUUCGGAUGGACUGGUUCUCCCUGCAUGGCAACCUCUUGAGGAUGUGCCAACCUAUGAGAUCGCCUUCCGAGGUGUUGUCUACUUUCUUUGCCUCAUGUACCUCUUCAUCGGAGUUUCCAUCGUCUCCGAUAGAUUUAUGGCCGCCAUAGAAGUUAUAACAUCAAGAGAGAAAGAGGUGCGCGUGCGACGAAAUGGCAGCGAACAGAUUGUUGUCGUCAGAGUAUGGAAUGAGACCGUCGCUAAUUUAACUUUGAUGGCAUUAGGAUCUAGUGCACCUGAGAUCUUAUUGUCUGUAAUAGAAAUAGCUGGGAAGAAUUUUGAGGCAGGUGACUUAGGGCCCGGUACCAUCGUGGGGUCGGCAGCAUAUAAUUUGUUUGUGAUCAUUGCCAUCUGUGUGGUUGUGAUACCAGAUGGCGAAGUUAGAAAGAUAAAACAUCUGAGAGUGUUUCUUGUGACAGCUACGUGGUCCAUCUUCGCGUAUGUGUGGUUAUAUCUCAUACUGGCUGUCAUUUCACCCAACGAAGUGGAAGUCUGGGAAGGAUUUGUUACUUUUCUCUUCUUUCCAGCGACGGUUUUAACAGCUUACAUUGCUGACCGUCGUUUACUUAUGUAUAAAUAUCUGAAAAAAGGCUAUCGAGUGAACGAAAGAGGAGUAAUUGUAGAAGCCGAAGGUGACGGCUCCGUUGAAAUGGCUUUAAAACCGGGAGGAGAGGAUUUCUUAUCUGAAGACGAAGAAGGAAGAGAACAAGAAAAAUCAAGAAGAGAAUAUGUGACAGUACUAAGAGAAUUAAGAAGACAACACCCUGAAGAAGACUUGGAAACUGUAGAAAGGAUGGCCUUAGAAACAUUGAUGGCGCGAGGUCCCAAGUCAAGAGCGUUUUAUCGAGUUGCAGCCACUCGUAAAAUGACAGGUGGUGGAGAUUUCUCGAGGAAAAUAUCUGAACGAGCUCAAAGUGAUCUAAGCGAGGUGAAAGCAGAGUUACAGAGACGAGAGUCAGGAUCUUUAUCACUUGAGCCUCGAGGUCCCAAUGUGAGAUUUGAUCCAGACCACUACACCGUCAUGGAGAACUGUGGGACAUUUGAAGUUAGAGUUGUAAGAGGAGGAGACUUGAACGGGGAAGUAACAGUGCAGUAUACCACCGAAGAUGGUACAGCUGAAGCAGGGUCAGACUAUGUCGCGGCCCAAGGUUCCUUGGUCUUCAAACACGGGGAGACAGAGAAGACCUUCAGCGUGCAAGUGAUUGAUGACGAUGUUUUUGAGGAAGACGAGCAUUUCUAUGUGCGUUUAACAUCUCCCAGAGGGGCUUGUCUUGCAUCGCCUUCAACAGCUACAGUAGUGAUAUUGGAUGAUGAUCAUUCGGGUGUGUUCUCUUUCCCGCAACGGGACUUCGAGCUGACGGAGUCGGUGGGAACUUACGACUUGAGGGUCGUGAGGACAGCUGGUGCCCGCGGCAAGGUCAGGGUGCCAUACUGGACGGAAGACGGCACUGCCAAGAAUGGUGCUCAGUACGAGUCGGCACAAGGCAGCGUGAUUUUUGAAAACAACGAAACUGAAUUCUUGGACGAAGGAAAUAUUAACGAGGGUCGCAUUCCGGAUAAUUACUUCGAUGCGGAAGUCGAAGUAAGCAGUUCUGGUGCUCGUUGUGCUGUACCGAAAAAGUGA